AUGCCGUAUAAAGUUAAAAGAGAACCAAACUCACCAAAAAAUGGAGGAGAUAUUGACGAAGGAGAGGAUUUGGUUUUGGACUUUGUUGAGGAAGCGGGGGAUGAAUUGGAAGAGGCUGACAGAAUUCCAAGUCCCCGUUCAAUGUCGCCGCCACACUCUCCGGAUGGGAGGGAGGAGGUUUUGCAGGCUGAUGCGGAAGAGGAUUCGAGCGAGAAUGGAAAGAAGAUGAAGAAUAAUAAGCAAUUGGGACCUAAAACUCCGCCGGGAAAUGAGGAGGAAGAUGAGGAUAAAAUGGAUGAUACGAAGAGUGACGGUCAUGAUGACAGUUUGUCUGAUUUAAACGAUUCUCGCGAUCGAAAGAGACGAAGGAGGUCUUCAAGUACUUCUUCACGUUCACGUUCGAGAUCUUCACGAUCACGAAGUUCUCGUUCACGUCGAAGCAGCAAUAGUUCUGAUGGGGAUAGAUCUCCUCCACAAAAGUAUCGACAAACACGCAGACGUGACAGGGAUGAUGAUUAUGUGUCUGUAGAAGAGCGUUUACGUCAGAAUAGAAAAGCUCGACUUGUUCGUUUAAGAGAUGCUCGUUCUCGUCAUCUCGGUUAUACUUAUGUUCCACGUAUGGGAGGAAAACCUGGAUUUCCACCGCAACCUUACUUCAAAAAUCCUUCAUAUUAUCCUACUGACGAUUCACGUGACAACAAAACAAAGAAAACUCCAAACCCGCCUCCACUUGCCCAAAAAAUUGAGCCGUUGCCUGGUGGACGUUUACCUCUAGUUCAACGACGCUCUUCACCGGCACCUUUUGACAGAAGCUCUUCGUCUGGAGGUGGAAGACGCUCUCCUGGAAGUGGAGGAAGACGUUCUUCACGUUCACCAACACCAACUUAUCAUCGUUCUGGUGCUCCUCCGAGACGUGUUGCUAGAGGAAUUGUUGAAGAAGUUUUUACUGUACGGGCUUCUGGACGAGCGCAUCAAUUUAAUAAAACAACCAACAUAGACAUAAUAAACACACAAAAUUUACAGAAAAUAAUAACUACAUAAAAUGUACAACCAUUAAUUAACCUUUAAAUAAAUACACAGACUCAUCAGAAAAAAAAAUUUUUUUCGGGAGUUUAAGGGGAAAAUUUUUCUACUCUAUUAAAAAAUUGCUACAUACUUCCCUGGAGAAAGAAAAAUUUUUUUUGGCGCGAUGAAUAAAAAAAUGAUUAAAAGCAAAAAAAAGAAAAACGACAAUUGGGAAAAAAUCGAGAAAAUUGGUGUUGAAAUUAAAAAAAAAACAACAACAAUUUAUAAAAAAAAAUAAACAACCUUUCAUCUU